AUGGGCGCUGGUUCUCCUCCGGGUGCGGCAAAGCCGUCGGCCAUUCCACCCCACAUGCUGAAUGGCAGUUCGCCCCUCCAAUCGUCCACGACGGCGGGCACCGGAGCUCGCGCUCGCGAUAAUCGUGAGCGUGAAAGUUUGAACUCCUCUAUCAAGUCAUCUUUUGCGCCUCGCGUUCCUGCCGAAUUUGAGGCCAUUGAGACCAACUCGAGCACUGAUGCGCAAACCACCUCCGCUGCGGCAACUGCAGCAGUCAACUCCGAGUCCACGCUGACUUUACGUGGCAGACUGCCUCUGAAUGAGCCCCCGCGUGAUCCUCGCGAUGAGGGGGGUCCUCUGACACCCCCCGCAACGUCGAGCCGCCCUGCCAGCCCGUACACUCUGAAUCCCCCUAUCGACUUUGAUGGUCUAAGCUGGCCUUGCCCGGGUACACGCCAACGGUUAGAGUCAACCCCAGAGGAAAACCAGGAGCGCAUCAACAAGCUUGCUGGGGCAGUGCGGACGAUUCUGGAAUGUGUUGGUGAAGAUCCCGAGCGUGAGGGUCUUCGAGAGACCCCGGAACGGUACGCCAAGGCCAUGCUUUACUUUACCAAGGGUUAUGAGGAGAAUGUGCGGGACCUGGUCAACGGCGCAGUUUUCCACGAAGACCAUGACGAGUUGGUCAUAGUGAAGGAUAUCGAUGUGUUUUCCCUGUGUGAGCAUCACAUGGUCCCAUUUACUGGCAAGAUGCAUAUUGGUUAUAUUCCAGACCGCCGGGUUCUUGGCCUCUCCAAACUUGCCCGUUUGGCGGAAAUGUUCUCCCGCAGACUGCAGGUCCAGGAGCGUUUGACCAAGCAGGUUGCUCUGGCUAUUUCCGAAGUCCUAAAACCCCGCGGAGUGGGAGUGGUCAUGGAAUCGUCCCACUUGUGCAUGGUUAUGCGCGGUGUUCAAAAGACCGGCAGUACGACUACUACCAGCUGUAUGCUGGGAUGUAUGCGCUCCAGUGCAAAGACUCGGGAGGAGUUCCUCACGCUGCUGCACCGCCGGUAA